AGUAACGAAUCCUUGACCCAAAAAAUAUUCCUUCCAAGAAAUCAAAAACUCGAACGAACGACGAGUCAUUAAAUUUUUGCUUACCCGUGCCGUUCCGUGUCUCUGUUUUUCAAAAAUUUCGAGGGUUUUCCUUCGCUCAGCUCAGUGAUUCAGCAAUUCGUUAUCGAUCGUCAGCUCGAUGUUCAGAUUCUGGGGAUCACAAGAGCAACAACCUCAGCACGAUGGUUCUUCAUCGCAGUCGUGGUAUCCUCCAUCGGUGAUGAGCACGCCGAGCUCAUCGAGGCCUGCCACACCCUCCGCCGCUUCCUCCACUGGCUACGCUUCUCCGAGGAUACACCCUUCGUCGCAUGUUCGGCCUGCCGAAGCUGCCGGCGUCAUUGCCGCCUUGAAAGACAAGAGUAUCGACGAGUUGAGGAAGAUGUUGUCCGACAAGGAUACUUAUCAACAGUUCCUAAAUUCGCUUGAUAUGGUCAAGACUCAAAAUAAUCUGAAAGAUGAACUUUGCAAAGAGAAUUUGCAGCUAGCGGAGGAAAAUCUAAAAAGGGAACCUCGGAUAAUGGAACUCAGGAAUCAAAGUAGCAUUAUUCGGACAACUGAGUUAGCUGCUGCUAAAGAGAAACUAAGCGAGCUUGAGAAACAGAAAGAAGAAAUGCUGAAGAUGAAUUCCCCAGCAUCCCUUAUCCACAGGAUUCAAGAGUCUAUGAAUAAGACAGAUGAGGAAUCUGAAAAUCUACACCAGAAAAUACUUGACAGAGAGAUUGACCUUGCAGCAUUUUUGCAGCAUUACAAGAAGCUACGUAUCGCUUACCACCGUAAAAGUCUCAUACAUCUUGCUGCCAAGACAUCAAAUAUAUGAGCACAAACAUAUGGAAUAUGAAAAUUAACUCUUGUCAAAAUUGUAUUCUACUUUGUUUUCAUUCUUGUCAAUAUAUCUGGCAAUUGAUCAAUGCUGUUUGGCACCAAUUAUAUUAAAUUUAUAGUCGUUUGGAUAAUGCCAUCCGUUACAGAUGGGGAACAUUAUAACAGCUCGCCCUUUUUUUUCUGCU